AUGGGUAUUUCUACAAUAACACACAGGAAUGCUUUGAAAAUAGAUGGUGCAGAUAUUGAUGAUAAUCAGAAUAACACCUCCCACAUAGUUUUCAUAUUAAAUGGAUUCUAUAGCUUGGGUGAAUGGAGGCCUCUUCUCUCUGUUCCUUUUCUGCUCAUGUUUCUGAUGUCUCUUCUUUCCAACUCUAUUCUUUUGUACCUGAUCAUAUCAAAAAGAACUUUACAUUCUCCAAUGAUUAUUUUAAUAGGACUAAUGGCUGUGGUGGAUUUGUGUCUACCAAUAGUUAUUGUCCCCAAAAUGCUGCUUGGUUUUUUAUUCAACUGGGACGGCAUCUCCCUCGCAGGCUGUUUGGCACAGAUGUUUUGUAUUCAUUUUGUUGGAUCUUUUCAGUCAACUUUACUUGUAUGGAUGGCACUAGAUCGCUAUUUCGCCAUAUGUAGGCCACUCUAUUACCAUAAAUAUAUGGAUAUAUCUAACUUUCUGAAAUUUGUCAUUAUUCCUGUAAUCAGAAAUGCACUCUUGAUUAUAACAAUGGUUUGCCGUGCUGGAGCACUGACUUUCUGUAGGAAGAACGUGAUGGAUCAUUGUUUUUGUGAGCACAUGGCAUUGGUUCAGUUGGCAUGUGGAGACAUCUCAGUGAACAAUCUUAUUGGACUUGUGAGUGCUUUUCUUAUUCCAACAGCUGAUGUUAUUUUCGCAGCUGUAUCAUAUAUCUUCAUAUUUGCUUCUGUAUUCAAGACAGGGAGAUCUAAUUUUAAGGCUGUCAACACCUGUAUCACACACAUAAUUGUAAUGACAGUUGCCUUAAUUUUUGCUCUAAUAGCUUUUAUGUCAUAUCGGAUAAAGAAUAACUUUUCAUCUAAUAGCCGUCACUUUGUGAGCACAAUGUAUUUACUGUUUCCAAGUUUUGUCAACCCAGUGAUUUAUGGAGUAAGAACAAAAGAAAUCCGACAACAGUUACUGAUGUUUAUGUGUGUGAAAACCUCUCCUGUCUCUUGA